AUGACAAUGAAGUUUGAAAACUUCCAGGACGUGGGGUGUGAGGAGAAAAAUCUCGGAACUGGAAAAGUGACUCCUCUUCAGUCCAUCCUGAGGAAUAUCUGCUCAGGGACCUGCCUUUUCCUGAUCUCUCUGGGCUUCAGCUUCCUUCUGCUGGUGGUUGUCUGUGUGAUUGGAUCCCAAAAUUCCCAGCUACGGAGGGACCUGGUCACCCUGAGAACCACCUUCAGCAACAUCACCUCACACACAGAGGCUGACAUCCAGACACUGACUUCCCAGGGCCAUAGCUUGCAAGAAACGAUAAAGUUUUUGAAAGUCCAAGUGGAGGAUCACAGGCAGGAACUGCAAACAGCCCGCAGUUUGAAUGAGAAGGUGGUUUCCCUGGAGAGCACAUUUGAGAAGAAGGAGGAAGAAUUCAAAGCAGAUCAAUCUGACAUGGUCCUGCAAAUCAAGGAACUGGAAAAGGACCUGAGGUCUCUGACUUGUGAGCUGGCCCACGUCAAGAGCAAUGGGUCUGUAAAGACCUGCUGCCCUCUUAACUGGGUGGAGCACAAAGGCAGCUGCUACUGGUUCUCUCAGUCUGGGAAAUCUUGGUCCCAGGCUGACAGAUACUGCCAGCUGGAGAAUGCCCAUCUGGUGGUGGUCAACUCCAUGGAAGAGCAGAAAUUUCUGCAAGACCACAUGGGCCAAGUAGUUAACUGGAUGGGUCUAACUGAUCAAAAUGGGCCCUGGAGAUGGGUGGACGGAACUGACUAUGACAAAGGAUUCAAGAACUGGAGCCCACUGCAGCCAGAUAACUGGCAUGGGCAUGGGCUCGGAGGAGGCGAGGACUGUGCCCACUUCACCUGGGAUGGACGCUGGAACGAUGAUGUGUGUGAGAGGCUCUACCACUGGGUCUGCGAGACAGAGCUGGGCAAGGCCAGCUAGGAGCCUCCCUCCCACUAAUUUAUUUCCUAGAUGCCUUGAGCUGCCAUGGUCUGGAAUUGAGAAUCCUCCUGUCUGGGGUCGCUACAU